AUGAUGAACACUGCUUCCACUCACCCUGGCAAACCAAACUUCAACAACAACAGUCUACACUCACCCACGACGACCAACAUCAGCACGACUACCAGCUCCCUUCCAUCGACCUCCGCCACCUCCUCGCCAACCCUCUCCAGCAGCAGUAGCAGCAGUAGCAGCAGCAGUAGCGGAGGCAACAGCAACAGUAGCACCCCAACUACUACCCAUACUUCCACCACCACUAGCAGCCACGGCCGCAUCCACCUAAGUAGCUCAGGCAGCCACCACAUUCAUCACCAUCACAGCCAUCACGGCCAUCAUCACUUCCCGCACAUCCCCCAGCUCAAGGCCACGCACCACAUCCUCAACUCGGCGCGCCACAAGCAAUUGCACCCGCUCACCGCCGCGCACUCCAUCUCCUCCAGCCAUCCACCACCCAAGCCUGACACCGAUGAGGACAGCCUCGACUACUCCUCGCUCACCGGACUCUUUUACAAGUUACUCGUCAUCGUUAUCGGCCUGUUGCCCAGCUUCCUCAUCGAGAGGCUACUCACAUUCUUUGCCUGGACUCAGUUAGAAUUGCUAAAGGCUAAAGGACGUACGAUCAAUCCUGAUCAAACAUAUUCAAAUCUUAAAAAGAAGAGAAAGUUAAAGAAGAAGAAGGCUGCUCUUAAACCAAAGAGUAAUCUAUCAAUCUCAAGCAAGUCAUCAUCGACCGAGGACUUGACUUUGCUCUCAAGACAAAGACAACAACAACAACAUCAACAACAAUCAAAACAACAACAAACAAAGAAGGAGGAAGAAGAAGACAACGACAACGACAACAAGAACUAUGAUGACUCUGACAACUCUAUUAUCCUGGAUGGAGCAUCCGCCGCCAGGAAACGAACAUCCCCCCGCACCGAUAUCCCAACACUUCAGCUUAACGGCGCUACUCCCUCUGGAGAAGCUGAUCUUCAUCAUUCGUCAGCAUCAGAUACUGACCUGAAAGAGUGCGACGACCACAGUUACCAGACACCCAACGCACUCUUAACUAGCGCUUCGUCGCUGCCCGUGAGCUCUGUCUCGUCGCCCACCACCCAAUCCGGCGAUGAGCAGCAAUGCGGCGGAUCGCCCCGCAGCAUCCACUCGGACUCGGCUAGCGUCUUAUCGGACACGGUCGGCCAGCAGCACCGCUCCAUCUCGGAGAUCCGUCGCGUCAACUCUGAGGUGAUCCUGGCGCAGACAUCCGAGGACCAGAUGCUGUUCGAGUCCAACCAGCAGAGCCGCAAGGAGUUUGAGGACUUUUUGCGCUCGGUCAAGGACAUCAAGGACGUGCGCAACUGGCUCCAGAACUUUGGAGCUGGCGCCACGCGCAAGAUCGCCAUCGUCAAGAUCAGUCGACGUAUCCUCGACACACAGAACGGCAUCGAGCAGGCUGCGGCCUCGCUGUGCUUCAUGUUCAAGUUUGGCUUGUUGCCCGUCGUCAUCCACGGCGGUCUCAACGACAUUGCUCGCCUGCCCUACGAUCAGGUGAUCGAAGAGCGUCGUAUGCGUUCCGCGCUGCUCAAGGAAGCCAUCAAGAAGAAUGGCGUGGGCAGCUCAGUGCUCACGCCCGACAUCUGCGAGAUCGAGCCCAUCGUGUCGGACAACAUCGAGGUGCUCUCCGAGGAGGAGCUGGAGUUUGGCCGCUCGGACACCCUACCCAACGCCGGCCUCAACAUGAAGAUCGACUCGUUCGACUAUGAGCUGCUCACACAGGUGCUCGAGAAGGGCAAGAUCCCCAUCUGGGACUCGGUGGCCGAGACCACAGACGGCCUGGAGAUACCCAUUAACUCAGACGUCACCACCUUUGAGCUGGCCAAGCGUAUCCAGCCCUACAAGAUCAUCUUUGCCUGCAACGACGGAGGCAUCCUCGACGUCGACCACAAGGCCAUCCCCGUGGUCUACCUCGACGAGGACUACCGCCACCUCAUCGAAGCCGAGCACACGACCGAUCGUCGUCGCGUGCAACUCAAGCAGAUGAAGCGUAUUGUCGACCACCUGCCAUCGUCCACAACCCUGGUCGUCACCUCGAUCGAGUCCAUCUCGCAUCAACUGCUGUUCCCACGUCUGGCCAACGGCACCGUGAUCAAGAGGCGCCAGGAGAACAAGGUGCUGGUGUUUGAUCGCUCGACCUUCCACGAGGUGGACAAGGCGCGUCUGCGUAUCCUCAUCGAGGACAGCUUUGGCCGCGCGCUCACCGAGGACUACUUUGAGUACCUCAAGGACAACCUCUACCGCCUGUACCUGUGCGUGUCCGCCGAGGACGAGUACAACGGCUGCGCCAUCAUCACGUUCUGCGAGACCGACUACAUCCCCUACCUGUGCAAGUUCUGCGUGCAAAAGUCGGCGCAGGGCUUGGGCCUGGGCGACCUGAUCUGGCGCAUAUUGCAACGUGACAUUGACCAGCUGUACUGGCGCUCGCGUGGCAACAACCCAUUGAACCCAUGGUACUUCCAGCGUUGCCAGGGUUCAUUCCGCGCCGACGAGCACUUCACCGUCUUCUGGUACAGUCACGAGAAGUUUGGCGAAGGUAGCAUGAUGAUCGAAGAGGCACUACGCAAGCCAAUCACCAUCCUUCCACCCAAGAAGGAC